AUGCUUUGGCUGUUUCGUGGAAAUAUUGUUAUAGUGUUGACGGUUCUGUUGUGCGUUUCAGUCAUCCCGGCAUGUUCUUCACUGUACGGUCCUCAGGACGAUGUGGUGGAGUUGACGUCUGCAAAUUUUCAAAAUAAGGUCAUUAAUGGUGAUGAAUUAUGGGUAGUCGAAUUUUAUGCGCCAUGGUGUGGGCAUUGCAAGAACCUCGCUCCAGAGUACAAGAAGGCUGCAUCGGCCCUUAAAGGAAUUGCCAAGGCAAAUUCCACCUCCGUUGGCGCUGUUGAUAUGACGCAGCACCAGUCCGUCGGAAGUCCCUACAACGUCCAGGGUUUCCCCACUAUCAAGAUAUUUGCUGCUGACAAGAAUAAACCCUCUGACUACAAUGGGGCAAGGACAGCACAGGCUAUCGCAGACGCUGUUCUUGAUGCGGCGAAGAAAGUUGUGUCUGCUCGUCUUGGCGGAAAGAGCUCUAGAGGUUCAGGAGGAUCAGCAGGUCGUGGUGGUAGCGGAGGAGGAAGUGAUGUUGUCGAACUUACCGAUGAAAACUUUGAGAAGCUUGUAUUGAAAAGCAAGGACAUUUGGCUUGUUGAAUUUUUUGCUCCAUGGUGUGGACAUUGUAAGAAUCUCGAGCCACACUGGAAGGCGGCUGCCUCGCAACUCAAGGGUAAAGUUAAGCUUGGGGCUCUCGAUGCAACCGUCCACACAGUUAUGGCAAACAAAUUUGGAAUUCAUGGGUACCCUACGAUUAAAUACUUCGCUCCUGAUUCUGAUGCAAGUGAUGCUGUUGAAUAUGAUGGAGACAGAACAACUGCAGGAAUUGUGAGCUGGGCCACUUCCAAGGCAUUGGAAAACCUUCCACCUCCAAAAGUGGUGGAAGCUACCGUGCAAGAUGUCGUUGAAGAACAGUGUAAGGAGAAGCAGUUAUGCAUUUUUGCUUUCCUCCCUCAUAUUCUCGAUUGUCAAUCAAAAUGUCGCAACAAUUACCUCAAUCUUUUGCAAGAAAUGGGAGCAAAAUAUAAGAAGAAUGGCUGGGGAUGGAUUUGGGUAGAAGCUGCUGCUCAAAGCGAAUUAGAGGAAGCAUUUGGAGUAGGAGGAUUUGGUUAUCCUGCAAUGGUUGCUAUGAAUUAUAGGAAGAUGAAAUUUGCCAUGCUUAAAGGAUCAUUCGGUAGUGAUGGCAUUAACGAAUUCCUGCGUGAUCUCAGUUAUGGGAAAGGACAAACAGCACCUGUAAAGGGCGCUGUUUUUCCCAAAAUCAUCAAGAUUGAGCCAUGGGACGGCAAGGAUGGCCAACUUCCCGUUGAGGAGGACGUUGAUCUCUCUGAUGUCGAUCUUGACCGCACAGAGCUGUAG